CAGAGAUGUUGCGGGAAUGGUGGCGUGUUUCCUUGAGCCAAAAGGCUCUGUACGGCUUCAUCUUCAUCGAGGUUGUAAACGUUUCGGAGUUGAUGGGUUUUUUGGGCGGUCUUCCAGGCAAAGCGUGGAUCGUGGUCAUCCUCGAUGUUGCGUGGACGUUUAUUCCUUUGUUUGAACUCAUCUCCUUCUGCUCUUCUUCGUUUGUCGCCCUGGUUGAUGAGAAACCCUCCUUCCCGAUCGGUAGUUCCAAACGCUCUAGCAACGUUAGCUCCCUGGUGCCCAUUCUUUUGAAUUUCCCCUCUCUCUAUUCCCCUUUGGUCCCGUCGCCGUCUGAUGAUCGCUUGCUCGAAAUAUCCAAUAUAUCGAUCAAAGAUUGUAUCCCGUUGGGCGUCGGAAAUGUCCGUUGCAUCUCCGAGGUAGGUUCUAAGCCGUCUACAGGCUUCGGAUAACUCGACAGUUUGUUUUCCGUAGUCUGCGACAAGGGUGUCAAGUUGAUCGUGAAGGAUGCCAUUGAAAGCAAAGUUUGCAUCCUCCACGGACUCCCUCCUAACCGUUUCAGAUUGAAGGCUCGAUUGUCGGCCAGAAUCUUCCCCUCGGAUAUCCUCAAGCAUGAGGGAUCGCGAAUUAUCCUUAAGGUCAAGAGUAAGAGCGCGUGCAAGAUACCGAUAGAGUCAAGAGUUCACUAGGCGUUCGUGAUCUGACACAGACGAUG